AUGACGGGCACUUUCCCUGAGUGGGAGGACCAUCCAGAGAGCCAGUGUCUUCCGGUGCCCUCAGGCAGUGUCUCCGUGCUCCCUGAGUCCAACUGCAGGCUGGCAAGACUCUCGAGAGACCUCUCUGGCGGUAGAAGCUUUGCUGCCGAGCCAGCCCCGAGGGGGACUUGGCCAGUCCAGAAGUGCAGCUCCCCUCCGAAAGCCCCUCUAGGUCCUCAGGCUGCCAUGCCAGUGGCCAAGAAGGCCCAAGGUGGCAGGGUCACGGUGCAGCAUCGCCCCUCCCUGAGUCCCCGGCAGCGCUGUGCUGCCAACGCCCCGCAGGGCGCGGAUCCCGGCCCUUCUCCUGUCACGGCUCAUCCUUCCGAGCCAAACGGCUCGUCCGCAGCCGGGCAAGUCCAGCCUCUGCUCCCCGGCUGCGGCGCCGCUUGCUCCGGAACACUCCAAGUCGUCCUCUGCAACCAUUCCCUGUGGCUCAGGUUACAUCGGCAGCAGAACGAAAUGACCCUCAGCAGGCCGGGCCGGGCCAUGUUUCCCUCCCUGGCUUACCAAAUCCGGGGCAUGGAGCCCCGGGCCCGUUACCGCGUCUUUGUGGACAUGGUGCGCACCGAUCGGCAUCACUGGCGCUAUAAGAAGGCCCGGUGGGCUCCCUAUAGACCCGAAAAGAGCAACGUUCCCGGCAACCAGCUCUAUCCGCACCCAGACUCCCCCAACACGGGCGCCCACUGGAUGCAGCGAGAGGUCGCCUUUAAAACACUCAGGCUCACGAACGCGGAGCCCACGGCCCAGAGCGCCAGCCGCGCCAUCUGGCUCCAGUCUCUGCAUAGGUACCGGCCCCGGCUCCACAUUGAAGAACUGGGCUGCGGAGACCAGGAAGCGCCGGCUGCGCCCUCCCGGAGCCACAUCUUCUCCUUCCCCGAGACCGAGUUCAUUGCCGUGACUGCUUAUCGCAACGCUGAGAUCAUCCGCCUCAAAAUCGACCACAAUCCCUAUGCUAGGGCCUUUCGGAGAGACGCCGCCUCGGCAGGAGGCUUGAGCGCGGGGCAGCCGCCCGGACCAGUGGCCGCCGACCCCUGUGCCGAAGCGGUUUUGGACCCCGCCGGCCAACGGCCAUGGCUCCCAGACGGUCGAGACGAGGACCGGGGAAGCGCUACCCCCGGCCAGGGGCUCCAGGGCCCCCAGCCACUCUGGGUCCAGGCCGCCGCCCUUCCCCCAAGCCCGCUGCCCCCCACUUCUGCAGCCGCAACGCCUUCCCAAGACAGACGAGAGGCUACGGGGUCCGGAACGGGGGAGCCCGUGUCCCUGCUCCCAACCUCCCCAGGGCACAGGCUGGACUGUCUCCAGUCCGGGCUCUCAAAGCCCCAAGAGCCCGCCCCCGGGGCCCGGGAACAGCCGCGGCUUCACAGGGAAACCUGCACUCGGGGGACCCAGACAGAUUUCCCAGAGGCAGCCCGGGGGAAAAAAGCCCCGAAGAAGAGGCGUCAGUGUCCUGGUGGUUCAGGCAGCCCCGCCGUGUCCUCAGCGAAGGCUCAUGGACAAGCCCAGGCCCAGCGGCUUCCAGCUACAGAAGGCAGCGCCAACGCCUCCCCCGUUGUCUGA